GAUCUGAGCGGUCAGCAACAAGAUGGGACUGCGGACAUCAUUGAAGUGGCCAGGGAGUGUGGAGAGGUGACAGGAAGAUGUCGCUGGAUGCGGCUGCUCAGAUCGCUGCUGCAAGGAUUGCAGAACGCCAGACUCACAACUCGGCGUGGUACAGAGUGAACGCUACUCGAGUCAUCACCGGCGGACACAAACUCACACCCCCAGUCAACAAGGCCAUCAAAGAUUUGUACGAAAACGUCGUGUACGAGAACGGAAACGCCGGGAUACGGAAAAGCAGCCUUGACAUUUCUGAGUCUGGAAAGAAGGCCGCGAUUGAGUUCACGGCUGCGAGCUGUGCCGUCCUUGAGAACGAAGGUCAUGUCCGGCUCGGCGUGAGACGGUCUGGAAACGUGGAGUGCUCCGUCACAGUAGGCGUGGAGACAAUAGACGGGUCAGCGGAAGCGGGAAGCGACUAUAAGCCAAUCAAACAGAAGCUGACCUUUGGGCCGAAGGAGUGUCUCAAGGACGUGUAUGUUGAGAUCGUGGACGACGAUGUCUGGGAACCGGACGAGUUCUUCUUCGUCAAGCUCUUCCUUGAACCAGAGCAGGUCAAAGGUGACGAGGUCAUCUUGGGGAAAGUCUCCAUCAACCAGGUCACCAUCGUCAACGAUGACGAGCCAGGGAAGUUUGAGUUCUCUAAGCCGAGUUUCAUCGUGAAGGAGGGAUGUGGACAAGCCCAGGUGGUAGUCAAGCGGGUGAACGGCGCCGAUGGCGAAGUCGCCGUGACGUGGAAGACCAAGGACCUUAGUGCCAAGAGUGGCCAGGAAUACCAGGGAGGCGAGGACAAGAUCCGCUUCAAGCAUGGGGAGACCAGCAAGGUCAUCGAACUCGACAUUUACGGAAUCAAGGACUCUCAUGAACCCAACUUCCAGGUUGAUUUGUCCUCUCCGACAGGGGGCGCUGAAGUCGGGAAGAUAUCACGGACGAUUGUCACUAUUAUCAACGAUGAAGAGUUCAGUGCCAUGGUGUCACGCAUCCAGGAGAAAACCCAACAUAAUCUUGACGGACUGAAGAUCGACACGGCCACGUGGGGGGAUCAGUUCCACGACGCCAUGAACGUGAAUGGCGGCGACGUCGAGAACGCCAACGCGAUGGCCUACGUCAUGCACUUCUGCACAUUCUUUUGGAAGGUGCUUUUUGCUUUCGUCCCACCUCCAUCUGUCGGCGGAGGGUGGUUGACCUUUCUUUGUUCCUUGGCGAUGAUUGGCUUACUGACAGCUAUCAUCAGCGACCUUGCAUCUAUAUUCGGAUGUCUGAUUGGUCUGUCCCCAACCAUCACCGCCAUUACGUUCGUAGCACUCGGCACCAGUAUGCCCGACACAUUCGCAAGUCGUCAGGCAGCAAUGAUGGAGAGGUUCGCAGACAGUUCCAUCGGCAACAUCAACGGCAGUAACUCCGUCAACGUGUUUUUGGGACUUGGGUUCCCAUGGCUCAUAGCAACCAUCUACUGGCAGGCUCAGGGGAAAACAUUCACCGUCCCGAAAGGAUCGCUUGUGUUCUCUGUCAUCCUCUACACAAUCUGCUCCAUCGUGGCCAUCGUUGUGCUUCUUCUACGGCGAAAUCUCUCCUUCAUGGGCAAAGCUGAACUGGGUGGUCCCAAGGCCGGGAAGAUAGGCAGUGCCAUUUUCGUAUUUUUAAUGUGGGUAUUCUACGUCGUGCUCUCGUCUCUCCAGGCCCAGAAAAUCAUUCACGUCAUUUGAACAACGUCAAAUGAGUAUCAGGAAGUCAUGAGAUAUCAAUACAGCCAGUAAAUUCACAUUUAAGGACGUUUGAAGCUGGCUUCAACAAGAGAUAUUUUCGUAUCUGUGCCUCGUUUCUCAAACCGAUCGUAGCACUGCAUCUACUUCACCAUUUAACGUUCACUUAACGUCGUCGUAACGCUAACCAAACUCUCAAAUAGCAUAUUGAGAAUAUACAGAAAUCGCAAUUUGAUGAAGUUUGUCUCCAUCUGAUUGAAUUCCAGUGGUUAAAGUUUUGACGUCGGCAACUAAAAACGUGAUCAGUAUUGGCGUUCGGUCCAUGCCCUACGUAAACCGUUCUGCUAGAAACGUUCACUGGGUAUUACAGUGGAGGGGGAUCACCUCAGCGAACCGUGAUUUUAAAUGUUGAUACUGGGAUCAUCCUUGCACCAACAUCGCUAUAUUUUUGGAAAAAUCUUAUUAGUGCUGCUUAACAUACACGGGAGUUACUUUUAGAGAUAUAUAUGUACAUGACUUAAUCAGUGCAACCGGUUUCAUAAAUCCUUGUGUUGGAUAUAACUUCUGUGUUAUAUUCGGGACGAUCUAGUAUUUCUUCAGUGUACAUUCUGCUCUUUUGGUACAUUGACACAUGUUUAACAAAACAUCACACGGGAGUUGCUUGUCAUUCAGAGGUGUUGACCUUCACACUGGAGCGAGUUGUUAGUCAUCGAUUACCAAGUGUAUCGAUUACAAAGUGUAUCGAUAAUCAAGUGUAUUAGAUCUUCAUUCCAUUUCCCAGAAAUCCGUCGGUCAAUCACACCGAUCCGAAAUACGCGACGCUAUAAAUAGCUUACAAAUUAAUCUUAUUCAAAUAGGAAUGAUCUUGAUUAUGACGUCACUUAACGAAUUUCCUGGGUUAUCGAGGAUGCUGUUAGUCUUGUGACAGACUACCUCGACUUUUUAAUUCAUGUCUAAUAUAUUUUCAUCUGACAUUACAAACUGUUAUUGCGUAUUUGAAAAUCAGGAUUAGUUUGUAAAUCGACAUGCACCUUAUUGGUGUUUUGCAAUAAUAUUUUGGAAAUUGUCAACAUUAAUUGUUCAGGCAAAAAACAGUUUGUAGCACUAUCUAUAGCGUCCGUGACGUGUCAUGAUAAAUGUGUUUUUUCAGUCUGUUAAACUAUACAGCUCAACGUUUGUAAGGAUAAUAUGAUAACGCAAUUGUAUAUAAACAUACGCUUAUUGUUUACACUUGUCACAGGGUACACAAAGUACGUGAUGUAGAGUAUCGGUUUUCAGACUUCCGUUUUUGUGGAAGCUUCGUUGUCUGAGUAUAUUCCGUCACUGACUUUGUGUGUUGGCGAUUUGGUUUCUCACUCUGAAAGCGUGGGUACGAAUCUCGGAUGGAACCCUCACCAUAAAGUACUAAAUUUGUAUUUUAUUAAGACUGUGUAUUCCAAAACAUAACAUUUGUUAUAUUAUGAGAAUUUGUUUUGUAUGUCAUGGAAACACGUAUAAUGGGGAACAUUCCUGGAGUUAACUGAGGAAUUUUCCCCAUUGCCGAACAUUUUUUAACAUCCUGUAAUGAUACCCUUUUAAAAAUACUUAUAUGUAGAUCUAUGUUGUUUAAUCACCUAUGCUUGUGAAAUCCUCAGCUCGUAUGGCAGGGGUCGAAUAUGUCUUUACAUUACAAACUGCUGAUGAUUGCUGAGCCAGUGCGAGUUAUCUCCCUUGUGAGAAAUCCCUUGGGUGGUUAAUAAUCUGUGAUAGCUAAUGAUCUCUUCCAAUAUAGUUGUUUAGUAAACGCAAUAUGAUGGUGAUGAAGUAUUGAAACGUAAAUUCACAUUUGUAUAUAUAGCAUAUUCCCAUUAUAGGCCCCUCUGCUGUUGAUGAAAUAUUUCCAUAUGAAUUAUUAUCACGAGUGUCAAAAUACAUGAUUAUUGUUCCAUCAUUACACGAUAUAAUAGGAUAGCACAUUGAUGACACUUUUAAUAAUUCAUAUUGAAAUAUCCAAGCAAAGAAACAGGGGCCUGUGAUGCUCAUUUAGUGUAUGAAAUAUUAAUAGAUUUUUUGACACGUUUGCAAUUGUAUUUCAUUAUUCCGGACUUGACAAAUAUUUUUGCACCAACUCUUAUGUAUAUUUUUUAAAAAGACCGGCUCUGCUUAAGGAGUCACAUGUUGUUUAUGCUUCAUUAAAAUGUGUUGAUGGUUAAUGAUAUAAAUAAUGACUGGUGAUACACUAUUGUACAAAACAAACUUCCCCUCUACCGCGAACAGAGCAGGAAUGGCUUGUCCUCAUGAUUGCGACCGACCAGUGAUCAACAGCAUGAGCAUCGAUCUACGCAGUUGGGAUACGAUGACGUGUCAACCAAGUCACUCUGACCAUCCGAUCCCGUUAGUCGCCUUUCACAACAAGACAAUUCUAACACGGAUCUCCACGGGUCGUUACUGAACGUUUUCUACUGCCAAAAACUGCUCGUUCGCGAGGGAACGUUUGUUUUGAGUAGUAGUGUAUAGAUGGAAUGGUAAAAUACUCGCUUCUCACUCAGAUUCCCUACGUUGCCACCGCCGGUGUUAUUUCCCCCCCCCCUCAAGGUAUGGUGAUAAUGUGGUUGCUCAGUGCAAUGCAGUAAAGUCGGGUGUUGCACAACGUAAUGCAAUAAUGACUUUACUGUAAAGCUUUACUUGGUGUAUAACACCUGGCUAAGUUCGUUUUAUUCAUUACAACAUGAUAAGAGUCGAACACGCUCAUUGAUACUGUUUUUCUCGUGGGAUAGCAAAACCAAAAAUACCAUAUUAGGUAGUUAAUGUACAUUGUAUACAGCGGAACCCCGUUUUUCCGAACAGUAUUGUUCCAAACGCAAUUGUUCUUUGAUACAUUUUCAGACUGAUGAAUACCGAUAAUAUUAAUUUGCUUUCCCAGGAGCUAUUUACCUUCAGUAUGUAAUAUUUUUGUUUUGACCAGGAAAAAACCCAAAGCACCACCCCUCUGUUUUCAUAUUUACCAAACCUCCGUGCAGGUUGACGUGGACAUAUAGACAUGACAUUCACUUAACAUUAGCGGCGUUUCAAUAUUGAAACCAAACAAACGCAUUUUUUGUAUAUGUAUUAAAGCGAUGCUAAAUUUUCUUCGAGGUAUAUAUAUCCUUCUGUCGACAUGAAUAGACGUCUCCAAUAGUGUUUGUCCUGUAAUAAGGGAAUCCGGACUAACGGGGUGUCUCUGUAUGCAACUGUUUUAGAAACUUUUAAAGAAAUACUGCUCUGUCCUUAUGUACAUAAUCAAGGUUCUAAGAAUAAAGUUUAACAAAGUUUGUAAAAACGGGAUUAAAUGACAUAUAUUUUAUAUCAUAAUAUUACUCCAGUAUAAUAACUUUCUUUAAACCGUUUUAAAACUUACAUAUGCUGACUGUUUUCAGAAAUUAUGUUCCUAUUAAUUGUUAUUUGGUCAAUGUAUUUUCCCAAAUGUAUUGGAAGAUCUCUCCAUACCUGUCUGUGACGCAUUGUCACUUGUUAACUUGCACACAGAGACAAGGUUGUUUAUGAAGAAUCUCUGUUCAAAUUACAAUUUGUGCACUCUUUCUGUUAUGAAAUAUGAAUAAUAAAUAUUUAAAACACA